GCGACCCUGCACAGGCCAUGGCUGCGUCCUGGAUAUGGCGGCUGCCCAGGCUGAGAGUCCCUCUGCGGCUGCUGCCCGCGCGCCGACCUCUGCACGACAAGGCCCCAUCACGAGACCUGCUGCUCUUUGAGCACGAGCGGGGCCGAUUUUUCACCAUCCUUGGGCUGUUCUGCGCGGGCCAGGGUGUCUUUUGGGCCUCCCUGACCGUGGCAGCCUUAUCCCCACCUCCAGUCUCUGCACCACCUCAAGACGCUGGGGCCCCCAGACAAGGCCGCUUCGACCCGCGCUCCGCGCUCUGGCGGUACGCACUGGCUGUGGGCUGCGGUACCAUUGGAACCUUGAUACUUGGUGGUGGCUUUCUCUUCUCCCUCCGAUCUGUGCGUUCAGUGAUGCUUCGAGCUGGAGGGCAGCAGGUGACUUUGACCACUCAUGGUCUUUUUGGCUUGAGGACUCACCUCACUGUUCCGCUGAACCAGGUAUCUUGCAUGGCUCACCGAGGGGAAGUCCCUGCUAUGUUACCUCUGAAAGUCAAAGGCCGGUGCUUCUACUUCCUCUUGGACAAAGCUGGACACUUUCCCAAUGCUCAGCUCUUUGACGGCACUGUGGGUGCCUAUCGGAACUUGUGAAAAAACCACCUUGCGGGGGAUGAAAACUUAAGGAUUUUACAAGGGUCACAAAAGAGGGCCCAGGAUUCAUUAACAACAAAUAAAGGAGUCUUCCAAAGGG